UCUCCUCUGUCUCCUGCACUGCAGGCGGAUUCUCUACCAUUGAGCCUUAGAGCAAGAGAUGUGGAGCAAACCCCCGGCCCUCCUUGCUCACCUGCCCCUCACUCCCAAGCCUACGGCUGUAAAAUUCUCUACUCCUAACUCAUCAUCCUAGUCGAUUGGGCGCUGGCCCUGAAAACCAAGUGUGCGGGGUGGGGUGGGCCUCCCCAGUCACUCAUUUAUUCAUUCAACAAAUACCACCCUCCCACCGCGCCCCGGCUCCCCAGGCCUGGUGCUGGGGGAUGCCCAAGGGUGUGAGAUACAGCGGAGGAUGAGACGCGAUGUCCAGAGAGCCCCAGCGCAGGGAUUUGGCUAUGGACAUCUGGGAGAGAGUCCGGCCUCCGGAGCUGCGGGAAUCCCCGGGAACCUCUCCUCCUUAGAGUUGGAGAGAGCCCAGCAGGAGGCGGGGACUUAGGGCGAAAGCCCGGGGCACCAGAGCGCAGGCGGGACCUGGAGACCUGCGCAUGCGUGGGAGGAGACUUUGGCGUCCUCCAGUGUCGUCAAGGUAACCGUGAUCCCCGCAGUUGGCCAUGGCCUCAGGGAUGGGAAGGAGCUGGAGUCACCCCGCAGCACAGACCGCAGCCCCAAUGGUGAAGGCUGAGUCAGGGAGCGGAGCCUGCCUUUAUCUGGACGACCUUGUGGGCAGGCGAGGGUCAGGGGCUGAGUUGGGGAAAUAUUCCUGGAGGUUCGAAACCCUGGAGGGGGUGGUGAAGAGAGAGAUCCCAGCCGGAAAGAAAGAGACUUGACAGAGAACUGGGAGGCCGUGGGGGCGCAGAGGGCAGAAGCUCCUGCAGGUUUAGGGGCUCCCCAUCCCUUCCCCGCCUGCCUGACUGAUCCCCUCCUCCCCCCAGCCCUGGGUGACCAUUCUGCAGCCCCUCCCGUGGACCAUCCCACCUCCAUCCCCGCAGCCAGGCCGCGUGAAGGAAGGUGAGACUCCGGGAGUACCCCAUUUUGUACCCUGCUCUGCCCGGCACAUUCUCUGGGCGCCACCUGCCCCCCCCCCAUCCAAUCCCGGGCAGGACUCUGGGGAAAUGACCCUGGCGUCGCCAGCAAGGGCAGGAGAAGGGCUGGCGGGGGCCUGCUGAACUCCGGUCCCUUAGAUCUGCUGGAGCUGAUGAUGCUACAGAACGUUCAGAUGAACCAGCUCUUUCUGAGUGGCCAGGUGGCAGCUGUGCUCAACCAGGGGCUUUCCUGGACUAACUCACAGGUCUCCUUGGAGGUUCAACAGCAGGAGGAGAAGGAACCCCAGGAGGAGGGGCCUCUGGUUUUCCACCACCACUACCUGCCCUGCACCAUGCCUGCCCUGGGCCCCCUGCUCCCCUGGUCAGGCCCUCUCCUUUCCACUCCCCUACACCAGCCCCGCGUGCAGGAUUCAGCUGAGAUUCAGCACCACCCUCCUGCGCCUGGAAAAAGGGGGGUGAGAGCGGUGCCCCCACCCCCACCGCCCAGUGCCACGGGAACUGUGGGUGCAGAUGUACCUCCAGCUUCAGGUAAGGACCAGGUGGUCCCUAGGCCAAGGGGCAGAUCCGGAGGCGGGGAGGGCCAUGUGUCCCGAGGUGGGGGGCAUGUCGUAUUGUCAUCACUAAGCGGGUCUGUCCCCUUAACUCUUCCUUGGGGCCCACUGAGGCAGGGGGCAGUCAUGAUGAGGAUGCUUCUCCCCCCAGACUAUUACGAUGCCGAGAGCCCAUAAUGAGGACAGACAGCAGCCCUGGGGCCAGGCCAGCUUCAUUGAAGAGUUGGAAACAGCCGCCCUGGAGCCCCCAUGUCGAUCUCAUGCCUAACAACCACUUUCUACACCUGGCAACCCUUUUUACCAUCCCCAUCCCCAGCCAGGCCUCUCCUCGGGGUAAAUGAGUCCCAUCUCCACCACACGGAGACCUUGAACCAACCUGAUAUCUGAUCCAUGGUGAGAGCCCCUUAGAACCCCGUCCAGGCCCCAGAAGCCACAUGAAAGGCCAACCCUAUCCCAUUGAUCGCUGCCCGGCUGGCAGAGGCCUGGGAGACGGAGCCCUCCCUCGACCUCCUCCCCUUCCCCUCUCUCUGUAUGACCAGGGCUGCGGGGUCUCCGUUUGGCCCAAUAACAGAACUGGACGUAAGAGGCGAGGACAGCUUUUGUUUCCAUGGCUCUUGGAAGGCCCAGAGUGGCAGGGGAGGCCUGGCGGGGAGGUUCCUGGAGCCAAGCCAUUGGGCCCCCACACUCACCCCUGGAUGCUGGCUCUGUUGGCAGAAGAGAGCAGUCAGAGCCAUGUCCUGGAGGGCCACGUGGGAACAGAGUGUCUCUCUGCCCCUUUGGGCCAGGGCGGGUCUUCCCACCCUCCCUCAGGAGGAAGGAGUCACUCAGGGUCCCUUCAGGCUGGGUGCCGGGUGCCCGGGCGGGUAGGCCUGGGGGCACACCAGGGUCUGGGUUUGCUGGGGCUCAGGAAGGCCUCUGAAGGAGAGGAUGGAGGGAGGCUGAGGAGACAUUUGGAGACAGAAGUUCAGCCAGGCCUGGUGGCUCCCCUUCCUGGCCAUUCCCAGGAGGAGACACGAAGGCACGGGGUUAAGCCCAGGUGUUUGUAUUGAGGCUGCUUCACAUGGUCCCUCCCCCAGGCCUGGACCACAGCCUAAGGAGCCACGCUGCAUUCAGUGGCUGCCAUGACAGUGGCCGCGCUGCU